AUUUUUUUUCUUUCUUUUCUGGUUCGAUAAUGGCGGCUUCCUGCAUAGCCAUUCCCUUAUCUUCUUCUUCUUCUUCUAAUGCCAUUCUCAAAUCCAAGACCCUAAUAUCUUCCUCAUCAGAAAUCCUAAAAAUCCAGGUCCCUUGUUCCAUUUCCUUUCGCCUCUUCGCUCCUUCUCUCCCGUUGGUAGCUAAAAAUCAGCAGACGAAGGUUUCCUCUUCGAAUUUCUCAGUUUUGAAUGAGGAAGCGGUUGAAGGAGAAGAGAUCGAUGGGGAAAGCGUCGUAUCCGAUGGAGAGGCGGAGAAGAAGAAAGAGAGGCCGUGCGAGUUGUACGUGUGUAAUCUUCCGAGAAGCUACGACAUUCCUCAGCUUCUCGAGAUGUUCCAACCGUACGGAACUGUAAUCUCCAUUGAGGUUUCACGAAAUCCUGAGACGGGAGAGAGCCGAGGAAGCGGUUAUGUCACGAUGAGUUCUGUAUACUCUGCAAAGAUCGCCAUUGCUGCCCUUGAUGGAUCAGAGGUUGGCGGGCGGGAAAUGCGUGUGAGAUUUUCUGUUGAGAUGAACCCUGGGGCCAGAAGAAACCCAGCAGGGUUGAAUUCAACUCCAAAGAAGAUUCUGAUAUAUGAAAGCCAAUACAAGAUUUAUGUCGGAAAUCUCCCCUGGGCCACUAAACCUGGAGACCUGAGAAACCACUUCAGCAGGUUUGGGACCAUAGUUAGUGUGAGAGUACUGCAUGAUCGAAAGGUGGGCAAGAAUCGAGUCUUUGCAUUUCUCUCUUACUCAAAGCCCGAAGAACGUGAUGCUGCAAUAUCGCUAACUGGAACAGAAUUUCAAGGUCGGAGAAUAGUUGUGAGAGAAGGGAUCGAGAGGGAUGAGUCAUAAACCAACACACUUUUCUACCUUUUGAGUGUUCAGAAGCUGAGCAAGUGUUGUUGCAACAACCAGAGUGUUGGCCGGAUUUUCAAGCUGAAGAACACAAGUCCAUACCGGCUUGGCCUCUUGGCGAUGAAACUGUGUACAAUUCCAUUGAAUUCCAGGAUUCUUUCCUCAUUUUCUCAAGUAAGCAAGCUUAUUAUACA